AUGUCGAGCGGAGCUGCUCAUUCCGCCCUCACUGAGGAGGAUGUUAUGAAGCUUUUGGCUACUCAGGCCCAUUUGGGAUCCACCAACUUGAACUUCCAAAUGCAACAAUACGUCUACAAGAGACGUUUUGAUGGACCAAACAUCAUCAACGUCAAGAAGACCUGGGAGAAGCUACUUCUUGCCGCCCGUGCUAUCGCCGCUGUUGAGAAUCCAGCUGACGUCGUCGUAGUUUCGGCCAGACCAUAUGCCCAGCGUGCUCUUCUUAAGUUCGCUGCUCAUACUGGAGCUACCGCCAUCUUCGGACGUUUCUCUCCAGGAUGUCUUACCAACCAAAUCCAAAAGACUUUCAAGGAGCCAAGACUUCUCGCUGUCACUGAGGCUUCGUACGUCGGAGUUCCAGUCAUCUCUUUCGUCAACACCGAGUCCCCACUCAAGUUGAUCGAUAUCGGUGUUCCAUGCAACAACAAGGGAGAACGCUCCAUUGGACUUAUGUGGUGGAUGCUCGCUCGCGAGAUCCUUAUCCUCCGUGGAAAGAUUUCUCGUCAAACCGGAUUCGUUCUUGACGGAAAAGAGAUUAUGCCAGAUCUCUACUUCUACCGUGACCCAACUGAGACCGAGAAGGAGGAAACCGGAGCCCACGCCGAGGUUACUGAAACCCAAGAGUUCCAACAAGCCACCGACAUUGACUUCACUGCUCAAGGAGGAAAGGUUGAGGAUUGGGCCGCUGAGACAGCUACCUGGACUGCCGAAGGAAAGACCGACGAGUGGGCUAGCGCAGCCCCAGCCCAGUCUAGCUGGUAA